AAUGAGGGAAAAAAAUCUAAAAAAUUAAACCCAAUUUUAAUUUUUUAGGGUUUUAUUUGGAAUUAUUCACUUUCCAAUUUUCCAAUUCCCUUUUAUCUCUCCAUCAAUUGACGAUUCCUUAAUGACUCUGAUCAUAUGAUGGAGUGUACAAAGUAGAAUGCUUGAAUCACAAUUUCACACACAUUUUCCCAAAAAUGUACCCUCAACAACAGUACCAAGUUCCACCUUUCAAUUUACAGCAACAACAACAACAACAACCCUAUUAUUCAUCAUCACUUUAUCCUCCUGGUACUGACCCAGUUGCAAAUUCAACAUCUUUUUCUGCUCCUGCUUCUGUUUAUGCGUCACAAACAACAGAUUAUCCCAAUUGGAUCGGUCCACAAUCUGAACAUAUCGUAUAUGAUCCUGCUGUUGGUUCAUCGUACGAGGCUUCAGCAGCGUCUGCAAGUUUGCCUCCUGCAUAUGCUACAUGGUCAUAUCCAAUUUAUGGCAAUGAUACUACAACAGUGUUGCCUAACCAAACCAAAGUCUCCAAAGCUUUGAGAUGUGAAGUGUGUAAAAUUGAUCUCAAUAGCAAAGAUUCUUAUGAAAAGCACAUAGCUGGAAAGAAACACAAGAAGAAUUUACAGGUACAGACUAAUCCUACUAUUGCAUCUCAUGUGAAUGUCCAAUGUGACACAAGUAGUACACAAGGACAAUCGUUAAUUGGUCCUGUAGCCAAGAAAUUAGAGCCUAAGAAAAAGGUGGUACCUAGUGGUGGUACACCUGCUGAUUCUGCAAAGGUUUGCUCAACGUGCAAUGUCCUGUGCACUAGUCAAGACACGUAUAACAAACAUAUUGCUGGGAAAAAACAUGCUAAUCAGGUUCGCUUGUUGUCUAAUAAUGGCAUUGGUCCAUCCAGUGCUGAAUUCAAACGUAGCAGUAUUGGCCCAUUGCAAAAAGCUGCUAAGAAAAUCAAGGUUGCUCAAUCUGCAUGGUGUGAAGUUUGCAAGAUUACUUGUAACAGUAUGGAUAUUUACAUUACACACUUAGCCGGCAAGAAACAUUUGAAGAACUUGGAGAAACUGUCAAAUCCAAAAACCGAUGCCGGCAUCGGUGCCACUACCACCUCCACUGCAGCAAAUACUUUAAUCGGACCACAGGAAAAGCCAGAUACCGAUAAACCAAAUAAGGCACCAGAACUUGAUAUCGAGACAAAGAAACGUAAAGUUGUGGAAGGAGGAGCUGCAGUUAAUCAUAUUAAAAUGUGCACUUUAUGCAAUGUAGUGUGUAAUAGCCAGAUAGUGUUCGAUUCUCACCUUGUUGGCCAAAAACAUGCUGCUAUGGCAAAGAAGGCAGGAUCAAGCACUGGUUGAGGUCAUUACCAUCAUUGUGUCAUCUAUACUCAGUGAGAAAAUUCGGGUUCUCCACGGUAUAGCUCAAAGAUUCCGAAUUUGUUCUUCAUUCCAUCUAUGGUGCUUCAAGUCAAAAUAAAAUAUUUUCUUCAGAUCCUACAUAAUCAAGGAAAAUUUGGAAUCUAUUUUCUGAGUGACUUUGGCUUUUCUUUUUUUAUUUUUGUCAUUUGUUAUGUUGUAUACUUUGGUUGUGGAAACUUUGAUUCUAAAUCUUGUAAUCAAGACCUAUAUUUGGAUUCUAUUUUUGACAUUUGUGGUUUUUUAACUUUUAAAGAUUGGUGGGAGCUUUUCUUCA